AUGUUAAAUGUUCUUAAAGGAGAACGCGUUCUUGUCAUAGAUUUUGGAGCAUUAUAUAAAACCAUUGGAUUAUGGAAAGAUGAAGAAGAGGAAGAUGAUAAUUCUAACCUCAUAACUAAGCAUUAUUGA